AUGUUCUCCGCGUCUUCCGCUGAAGGGGAGGUGCUGCUUAGGUUCAUGCGCGAGCAAGCGGAGGCGACGAGCGAGCUGAAGAGCGAGAUGGAGUCCAUUCAGGAGCUGCACAGCCGCAUCCAGGAGUACGGGGAGUGGAACUCGCUGCAGGAGAUGGUGACGCAGGGCAAGCUGGUGGAGAAGCUGCAGGGCCACUGCCUCUGGGCCUACCACCUCGACUUCCUCGUGCAGCUGCUCAUCAUAGCAGCCUGUUACGUGCGCAAGAAGAUAUUUGCAGCGUUCGGGCACGGCAUGUGUCCGCCGCGCAUCCGGGAGGCGUGUGUGGGGGAGGCGGGGCUCGCGCUGCACUAUGCCAAUGUGGUGGUGCUGCUGGAGCGGAUCAUACAACAGCCGGAUGAAGUGCUGGGACCUACGAGAGACGAGUUGUACGAGAUGCUCCCGCGCAACAUCCAGUACCUGCUGCGAGUGCAGCUGCAGGACGCACUCAACUUCCAGGCGGACGGGCGCGUGGAGGCGAAUCUCAAGCGCGGGCUGCUGCUGCUGCCCACCAUGGCGCACAACACCAUCACCUGGCACUCGCUGCACACGCCGGGGGCUGCGCUAGACUCUUCAGAGACAGUGUUUCAAGUGCAGACCUUCUAUUUCGCGAAUGUGCAAGCCGUGAACGCCACAUUGGUGGACGUGCUCUUAGGUCUGUGCCACAUCUGCGGAGUGGAGUCGCCCAUUGGCUGUGUCUCCACGCAGGUGCCCGCCUCCCUCGACUACUCCCAGCUCGUGGCAGAGAAGGUGGCCGAGGCGGAGCGCCAGUUCCGCAAGGCGUGCGGCAUGGAUGAGCGAGACGAGGACUGCAGUACUGGUAGUGCUGGUGGCGGCGGUGGUGUGAAUGGCAGCAGUGACGGCACAGGCAGCCCAGCCUUCGUGACUCCCCCUGAGUCCCCUGCCAGUGCUGCUCCCCUGCCCUCUGCCAUCCCUGUGUCUCGCUCUGAAGGUGGGGGGACGGAGAGGAGGGGGGGUGAUGGGAGGAGGGGGACUGGGAGGGCAGGGGGCAGGGAGGGGGAGGAGCAGAGUCGGAGCAUGGAGGAAAGGGGUGGGGAGAAUGGGGGAAGCGGGGAGGGGUUGGGUGAAGCGGAGCAGGGUGGAAGGAGCAGGGCAGGAGGCAGUAGGGCUAAGAAGAGCAGUCAGGGCGAGGGCUCCAGCAGCAGCGGUGGUGGUAGAGUGAGAAGUAGGAGCAAGCAGAAGCAGGAGGAGAACGAGGUUCCACGAGCUCACACCGCGCCUGUUGCUGAAACGACAGCGGCGGCUGGUGGCGAUGGUGGUGGCAACAAAACCAGCAGCACCGGUGGCACCAGCAGCAGGAGCCCUGCUGACUCUCCUUCGAGAGUCCCCAGCAGGCCCUCCUCUGGCCGGCCCACAAGGUCCAGACCCAGUAGUAGCCGGUUUAAAGGGGCAGAUGCACCUACCGCUGCAGGCACUGUUGCAGGCACUGCUGCUACCGGUGCUGGUCCUUGUGAUUCUUCCUCGUCUUCCCCGUCUCGUCUCCCCACGCCUCCUCCUCCCGCCACCUACUCUCGCCCGCGCAUCCCGUCCUCUCGAUCCGACAACUCCUUUCUGCAGCAGCAGGGAGGCGGAGGGCGGAGAGACAAGGAGAGCAUGAGAAGCAGCGGCGGCGGUGGGGUGUGUAAGAGCCAGAGCUGCAGCCCUCAGGCGGACAGGCUCGUGGUAGCUUCCUGUGCUUCCUCCUCCCCUGGUCGCCCCUCCCCUGGCCGACUCUCUCCAAGUGACGCCUCCCCCAGUCGAUUCUCCCCUGGUCGCUCCUCCCCCGGGCAAGCCUCUGGGUGCUUCUCCCCUCAGGGCCUCCCGUUCCUCUCCCCUGCUGGUACCCCCUCCCCUGCUGACUCCCCCCGCUCGUCCCGACUGGGGCGGGGGGAGGCAAGGGGGGACGUGGGGGGAGAAUUGGGGGAAAGAGAGGCCAGUGGGGAGGGGCGGGGAGCAAGAGAGGCGACUGGGGGUGGGCUGGGAGAAGGAGAGCAGGAGAGGGAGACACAGGGGCAGGCAUGGUUAGAGGCGACCACAGGGGCAGGCAGGCAGAGACGAGGCUGGGGGUCGCAGCGAUGGGGCUUUGGCAAGUCUAGAUCCAUGCGAGUGACCACGGCUCCCCCCACCACGCCCCCUCGCCCCUCCACCCCUCCCCCCAGCAGCUUCUCUUCAGAUUCCAUGCUUGCUGCUGGUGUCACGGAUUGGGAUUCCCAGAGCCCAGCUGCUGCUGCUGCUGCUGCUCGGGUUGACGGGAGCCUGUCACUUGAUCAUUCCCUCUCCUCCUCCAUGCUCUCCCCCUCGCUGCUGGAAACCAGGCGCCUGCGCAAGGCCAUGCAGGGAGGGGCGAUAGUGGGGUGUUUCACCGGGGGCGGGGCUGCAGCAGCUAUGGACAGUGAGUCAGAGGCGGAAGGGGGGAGGAGGGGAGGGGGAGGUGGGGGAGGGGGAGGUGGGGGAGGGGGAGGCUCUAGGCCGGGUACGGCUGGAGGCAGGUCUGGGAGGGAGAAGGGGGAGAGAUCAAAAGGGGAGAGAUCGAAGGGGGAGAGGGUGAGUGGGAAAGCAGGAGGGGAAUUUGGUGGUUCGGGGCGACGAUCUAAGCUACUUGGGGGAAGCAGCAGGGAGAAUGUCAAGGGAAGUGGGGAUGGGAGCGGGAGACGGUGUGGGGGUGGUGGCAGUGGUGAGGGAGCGACUAGUAGCAGCAGCACUCCGAGAAAGACCAAGCAUUUCUACUCGCAGCCGAUGCCGCCGCGUGCGCAGUGGAAUGAACAGGUUGCAGUCACGGAGGCUGAGGGGACAGCAUAG